AUGUCACUCCUCAAAGGCCAACGCUCCAUCCAAACCAUCAUCCUCCCUCUCCCCCCCUCUCUCCGCCCAGCCUACGGCAACCACCUCUACCGCUGGCUCCUCGCCAUCUCCGCUCCCUUCUCCGGCGUCGGCCACCCCUCGCACUCCAUCACCUCUCCCUCUUCCCCCUGGGAGAUCUACGAAGUGGCGCCUCAACCCAUCAUCACCUCUUCCUCUCUUUCCCAGUCCCAGUCCCAAAUCCAGCAGCAACCAAUCUUUAGCUACCUCCCCUCCGCCGACCUCACCACGCAACAACUCCUCGACAUGCAAGGGACGUUCAUCCCGCUUUGUGUGGCGGACGAGAACAUGAGGGAUGCGUUUCUGGAGAGAGUGGAUCGGUAUAUCACUUUCCCGCCGACGGAUAAGGGGUUUAAUGACCAGACUUUUGUGUUGGGGGUUGUGGAGGAGUUGAGGGGGGAGGGGUAUUUGGGCGGGGAGGAGUAUGCGGCUUGGACGGAGGCUGUUGGGGGGUUUAGGGGUUAG